CAGAUAUAUAUUUUUUGCAGGUUAUACAACAGGAUGAGAGAUUUUAUACUGGUUGGUCUGGUUUUUGCACUCCUGUAUGUCACUGUGACAGCACAACAUCAAACUGGCCAUACUGAAUACGUCAUACUGUUUGACGCAGGCUCAAGUGGAACCCGUAUGUCAAUCUACCAGUUCCUGGACAGCGGACCAUCCUUAAAACCCUCUGACGUGAAAGAGCUUGAUCCUUCCACUAGCAAAAUAAAACCUGGAAUUUCAGAGCUUGCUGAUGACCCUUCUCAAGUCGAAGCCUACAUGAUGCCACUAUUGGAGUCAGCCAAGAAGACCAUUCCACAAGACAAGCAAUCGUCAACUCCAAUAUAUUUGCUGGCUACAGCUGGAAUGAGGCUCGUUCCUACAGAUCAAGCAAACGCCAUAUUAGAUGAAGUUAGAAAACUGUUUCAUGAUAAGGCUAAAUGUCCAUUUUUAUUCCAAGAAGAUGUAGAUGCUAGAAUCAUUUCUGGAACGGCGGAAGGAAUUUAUUCUUGGAUAACUGUUAAUUUUUUGACGGGCAUUUUUGGUACAAAUCAAGCCUCGUAUGGUAGUUUAGAUUUGGGAGGGGCAUCGCACCAAAAUACUUGGGAUUUGAAAAGGAAAAAGAACCCUGAAACGUUUUCCAUUUCAGUGGCAGGAAAAAACUAUAAUGUUUUUGCUCGUAGUUAUUUAGGUUAUGGCCAGGAUGAGGCAAGGGAACGCUAUUUAGAAUCCAUUGUCAAAAAAAGUGAUUGUACUGAAAAUGAAGAAUGUGCCGUCAAAAGUCCCUGUCAUAAUAAAGGUUUCAAGGAAUCACUAGAAUUUAAUGGCCAGGCACGUGUUUUUGAAGGCACAGCUCAGGUUGAGAUCUGUGAGGAUAUAAUCCGUAAUUUAUUUUUUUGUCGUUCGUUAGAUUUGAAGAAGUGUCCUUUCUCUAACCAACCUAGAUUAAGAGGCAAAUUCUAUGGAUUUUCAGCGUUAUAUUAUGUUUUAACAGACAUAAACGCUGUUUGUUCUGAUUGCCAAAACAAUUUCGUCAACCCAAAGAAAAUCAAGAGGCACUUGAAAUCAUUUUGUGGCAAAAAUUACGAUGAGAUAAACGAGAGCCCUUAUAGCAAAAGCCAGUGUUUUGGUGCCAACUAUAUUUACGAGUUGUUAACCGAAGGCUACAGGCUGAAACCUGGGAAGAAAAUCAGGAUCGCUAAUUCACUGAACGGGUUUGAUCUGGAUUGGAAAAUGGGCGCUGUGCUCCAUAACGCUAAAAUCUUAGACAUCAAGGGAAUAUCAAAAAAAUAG